UCAUCGCUAUAAGAAGUAUGGCUAUGGUCAGAAGAAGAAAUAUAACUAUGGAUAUAAUUUAUCUCAAAGCAGUCCAAGAAGACAACCAUCAUAUUCAGUCAGGACAGCGGAAGCAAUUUCAAACAAAGUGAAAGUGGCUUCAGCUAAAAAUACACUAAGAAAAAGAGCUAACCAGUUCACAAAUUUGAAAAGAAAAAGUCAAAUACAAAGGAAAGUGAUACCAUUUUCUCAGAAAAGUAUUCAACCUAUCAAAAGAGUAAUCAAAUCGACCUCAAAACGAGGCUAUUCUAAUAAACAAAUCAACAAGAAGAUUUCUUUUUCACAGAGGCGGAAACUUGAAAAUUCAAUUUCAAAAGCAAGAAAUCUACACAAUCUACAGAAACAAGCCAACACACCAUCUGUAUCUUCCUCACUUAGAAAUGCUGUAAACAAACAGAAGAAAGUUAUCCAGAAUGCUAAAAUUGCCAGAUUACCCACAACCAAAAUGACAUUGCCAAAUAAGAAGAGAGAGAUUCCUUUGAAAACAAAAAUAGUAAAAAAUCUUCCCAAAUCUACAAAGAACAAAUUGCAAUCUAAUUCAGAGAAAUCACACUCGGGAACAAAUGUGAUUAAACCCAAGAUAUCAAACCGGGAUAUUUCAAAUGAUUUAACGCAGACUUUGAUCUCAAAUUCCAAAAACUCUAAAAGUGUUGGAAAUAUACCGAUAUAUUACCUUAACUACGAUUUUCAAAAUGGUAUUGUCGUUAAAAUGCCUGUAAUAUAUGAAUAUCAUCUAGUGCUACCUCCUGGAAUAGAUAGAGCUAUUCCACUUCCAAAUAGUAAAGGAUUUCUAGUGCCUUUUUCUAUUUUCGUUCAAUCUUCCGGACGUUUCGUCUACAACCCUGCUAUACUUCGUCGUCACCCCUCAUUACUUUCUCACAUUCGUUUGGCCAAGCAACGUGGAAUUACACUAGAACCUAUUCCACUCAAACGAGACACAAACACUAUUCAAGAACUUUCUUCUUUCCUAAAUACACGUUCGCAUCGCUUCGAUGACAUCAUAUUUGAAAAUAAUAUGGCAGCUGACCAGUUACACGGUGUGUUUCCUUUAGAGGGACAAGAUCCAUCCCCUCGGUUACAUUUCCUUGGAAGUGGCCAUGGUGCCAUUCAAAGCAACGCUCCACAUAAUGUAGACAAAAAAUUCCACUCUUUUGGGAAGGUUCGUGAUCAAAACAGUCUUCUAACACUAGAAAAAGGAUGGAUAUUUCCAAAUAAGAGAAGACAGAUCGGUUUGGUGAAUCCCAAGUCUAUAACAUUCAAUUCUUCUUCUAAUAUUCCCAAGGUACAAAACGGGAAAAUAAAUCUCCAGCUCCAGAAUGUACGGGUACUUUCAAACAGAGAUUUCUUAGACAAAAAUAUUAACAUAAGAAAAACCUUCCACCCAAAUUGGAUUCCAGAUCUGGACUUAUUUAGAAUGUUAACUAAUGGCCAGCCUUUGGAAAAUCAAUUAUAUCCCAAGUUGGAAAGGAACUUUCAAAAAACGGGUAAAAGCAGCAGUGUGGAUCUCCACAAUGUACUUUCAACCAUUCCAUUAGAUUCAAAAUUUGAUCUGAAAACCAACAAACUUGAUCGUCCACUGCCAGACAUUCCUGGCCCAUUAUCUUUAAGAAACGCAGCAAACAAACAGAAUAAACUUUUACACUUUGCAGGAAUUCGAAAAGGACCAGUUGUUUUUCCAUCUUCUAGAGUGUUUUCUAAUGUUGAAACCAAUUCAUUAGCCGGGUCCUUACAAUCCGAUAGCAAUGGAAUGUUUCCGCAAAAUUCAGUUCCUAUUCCAUCUGGAGGGUUUGUCUUCAACGUAUCUAAAUCAUUAAAUAGUUUACCUAUUGUAAAAAAUGAACCUCAAAUUCUUGAUCACCAAUUACCCAAUAUAAUCAUACCAAAUGAUCCUCCACUUGAUCCACAAGAAAAGGUUACCUUAAAUUUUAAGGAAAUGUCCACUCGAAAGUUAUUUCCACAAGAAAUGGCCGCAGCCAAGUUGAAUCAAAAGCUUCUCAAUACAUUAGAAGGAAAAGUUGGACUGAGUACACCAGAACUUGUAAAUUCAAUUCAGCUUUCAAGUACAGGUACAUCAAAAACAUUGAGCAAUGAGAUGGACCGAGUUGGUACAAGAGUGCAGUCAGUUGGGGUCAUUCGUCCAAGUGCCUCACAAGUCGACACUUUUGUUGGACAUAUGGGAUCAAACACACCAACAAGCUUAGAAACAUCAUUCGCAGAUAUUGGUUUAGGUACACCAAAAACAAAUGAAAAUACUAUUGGGAACGUUGGACUGCAAAUAAAAGGGUUACCGAAUCCAUUAGGGCUUGUUGGUUCAGACCUAACCGAAAGAAUGCAGAAUUCUGUUGGAGUUGGAAGAAUACCAGUUUCACGGAAUGACCUGAGAGUGUCGGUUCAAGAUUCCAAAGUUCAGUUGCCAUUCAACCCUAGAAUGCAAACUGACCGUGGUCCCUUUAAAUUCAGAACAUUUUUUAAACUUCCUCCCAGAUUUAAAAAGACUGGUUCUAGCUCUAAUGGAAACGAUGUCAUUGGAAUUAUUAAAAGCAAUGCUAAGGUUUAUCCGAUCCCGAUUUUUCCAGGGGCCAUCAGUGGAAAUAUAGGGGAACCAGUUUAUCAACAAACAGAGAAUGGAUUAGAUGUAUUUAAUGGGAACGAAUAUAGUGCAUUCUUGGAUCCAACAACCAACCUUCCAGUUGGGUUCACUGUUAAAAAAUUUGAUUACGAAGUAGGCGGAGUUGUUGAUCUGCUUCAAAAUAAAAAGCCGAAGACUGUGAAUGAAAAGAAAAAAGUCGGUGUGGUGACUAAAGAAAAAACACGAGAAAGGAGUGGAGUACUUAAGCUACUGGACAAUAACGCCAUUAUUGAUGAGAUAGUGACUGUACUUCGCAGAAAGGGACCUUUGAAACCAAACGAAAAUGAGUUAGUAAUUCCACCAAAAAUUAUUGAUUCAAAGAGUAGAAACAACAUUAUAAUGUACUUAAAGAACGUGAAGAUGAGGAAACAUGACAGUGCACCCCAAAUGCCUUCAGAUUUAAUAAAACUCUUGAAAAAUCCAGUUUUCGUUCGUUACAUAAGGAGAAACAAACCUGUAAAAAGCAACAAUACAAUGAACAUUCCCGAAACCAACAAAGUAGGUUUGAUAUUUGACAGAAUCGAUGUAUCUAGGGAACCUAUUCCGAAGAAAAAGAAAACAUUAGCCUCUGGUUCUAGUGCCUCUCCCACCAUCAAAAGCAAUACGAAAAUCAUGACUUCUAAAUCAAACAAAGCAAAAGCAUUCGUCAAUACAAAGCAAAUGCCUCCAAUUGUUCAGAAGGGUACUGCAAAGAUAAUAAAGAAGGAUGAAACCGUGAUUUCCUUACCUCCGGUGCCAGUUCUGAAGUUUGAUAGCAUUUUAGACUUAAAGCAAAGGAAAACACUGAAAAUGAAUCUGACUAAAGAAUUAUGUAGAGGAUGUACAAUAGAUGGAGGGUUGGGAUACGCUAACCACCCCAGCCGCUGUGAUCGCUUCGUCGUCUGCUACCCGGGGGAAAGCGGGAAUGUUGUUCCAAUAGAACAGGAAUGUGCCUAUGGAUUGUUCUGGAGUCAAACCGCUUUAACUUGUCGUCUGCCCAAAGAUGUGCUUUGUCCUUAUGACAAAUGCCGCAAAAGUGCCGAAAAACUUCAAUAUUCCCACGAAGGAAACUGCAAGGCUUUUUGGGAGUGCCGUGACGGAUAUUCGGUCCCCCAGUGUUGUCCCUCGGGAAUGGCCUUCAGGGAGGGGAAGGGAUGUGUGAAGAACGUCGGAUUUUGCAAAAGCAGGUGCCCAAUUGGCGAGAGUGAAAUCCAGCCAGUAUUCUUACAAGGUGAAUGCGAUAAACGUGCAGUUCCAGGAAGUCCGGACAAAUUCGAGCGUCAUGUAUAUUUCCAGUCAAACCCAGGUGUUCCCGGGCGGAUCCAGCAGGAGUGGAUGAUCCAGCAAUGUUCACCGGGUACCGAGUUUCGGCCCGAGGUCUGUGACUGUCGAUCCUCAGAAACGCUUACAAAUCUCCUACUUGGAAAACGAGUUUGUUCCCCUGAUGUGUACUUACCGUUCACACACGGCUUGACUGACGAGUCCAUUGCCAGAACACACGUCCGUGCCGACAACGUUACCAUAACAACCAGCGGCACAGCGUGCUUCAGUGGGCAAUCCGUGUUGGCAAUGGCCCGGUUUGCCAACAUGGACCUUGGUUCAUAUCUUUACGUAAAAAUUCGAUAUCGGCAUGUACUGUCUAACCCAAAGAACGAAGUACUCCUGUACAACGGCGACUGUGAAAGGAAGCCAUCUUUGAUUCUCGGCAGUACUGUGGAUGGGAACUUUGUUUCCGUGUUGUCGACUACUAGAGAGAUGCACACAAUACGUGUUAAAUCCCCGAUUCCAGCCACAGAGUGGAGAACAGUUACCUUGGUAAUAGAUAACGGAAGUAUUAAAGUGACGUCAGAUUCACAGACGUCAGAAAAGAAUGCAGUCGGUGUGGUGGAGCGUGCUCAGUGCGGUAUGAAAAUCGGAUGGGGAGAGGGAUACGAACAUUUUAAUGGCUGCAUUGAUGACUUUACUCUGUACAGAUGUAACCCAGACAGACCAAUCGGCAGCUAGGACCGCACAGCGUUAUUGCCUCAAAGAAAUCCAUCCCCAUCUUUAGUGAUACCAAGUGAAAUUAAAUUUUCAAACAUUAUUUCAUUUUAUUGAAAUAUUAUUUAUUAUAUAUUGUCAGUAUUUUUGUAAUGCCUAGCAAAUGGUUGGUGGGCUUUUGUGACAUAAUUAUCAUGUAACUGCUGUAAUAUACAUGGCGAAUUAGAAAUACAUGAAAUGCAUCGAUUCCAUGAAACAUCAUGAAAUUUUAUGUUAAUAUAAAGACAGGAGCCUGAGGAGGUGUGUCAUUGAAAAGUGACUUCAGUUUUCACGUGUUUUUUUUUUUAAAUAAAUAAAUAAAUGUUUAAAUUCA